AUGAGGCAGUAGGCAGUAGGCACUAGGCAGGUAGAGCGCGCUGCACCGCUGAUAUGUUAUCAGUGCCCGGUCCCGCGGCGCGGUGAUGUGAGUGUGACAAGUGUGGUGUAAGAAUGGCGUGCGAUGGAGGAGCUGUCUUAAAAGUUAUCCAGCUGAUCCUGUGCGUUGUCUGCCUGGUGUACAAACGUUACACGGACAACGAGGCCAUCAAGGUGUUCUACCAUCUGGAGAAACUGUCGCGGGAAUGGCCUCUCCUCAACAACGUCACAUGGGACGAGAACGGGGCGCUCCUGGCGGACGUCACGUUCGGGGGCUUCGCCAUCGUGGUGCUGGGACUGCUGAUAGGUCAGCUGACAGGAGAGCUCAAGCGAGCCAGGAGGACGGUCUGCUUCUUCCUGGUGCUGGGCUGCAUCAUGUUCCUGAUAGUUGGAGGCCUUUGCCUCGCUGCUAUAGACCAGGUCCCGCAUCAUCUGGUAGAUAACGCCAUUGUCCUCGGCGUGCUUUCGAUCAUCACUGGACUUCUAUUCCUGCUGGAUCUAGCAGUGAUAGGGAAUAGAUCGAGAUCUCCAUCAAGAUCGUCUUCAGGUGCUUCACGGGAGAAGAAGCCCGUCAAAGUCGUAUCUGCACCCCAGGUGGUGGAAGAAAAAACGGAAAAAGUUAAAGGGGAGAAAAAAGACAAAGAAUCUGACGGAUCUAGUACUAAGAAGAGCCUGGGAAAUGGAGUGUUGAAAGAGUUACGAUCCUCUUUGAAGAGGAAAAAGAAAGUGGAAGAUCUUGAUGGCCGCGGUGUAAUCGUAGAAAAAAAUGAAAGAAACGUGGAAUUUGAGGACGACAAAGAUUCGAGAGGUGAACCGGAACGAUUGGAUAGAUCUGGGGACGAAUACAGGCAAUACGGAAGAAGGAGAAUGGAUAACAGGGGCUUUCCGAGAACCGCUUCAGAUGACUCAGGGAGGUUCUCCAGUGACCGAUUUCGUAGCGACUUUGUGGAUGCUGAAAGAGACCGAAGGAUCGAUAGAGACUUUGAUCGGUAUGAUCAGAGAAAUGUGAGCGUGGUCGAGGGCACCUACGAGAGGGACGGGAGGUCCAGACCUGCCAGCAUGAUGGAAGUGGAACUAGAUGAGCACUAUCUGAGGCCGCAGGACUACUACAUCGAGAAGAAGAUGACAAAGGAGGAGAGAAGGCUUCAGGACCAAAGGAUAUCCAGCUCUAGACAGGAUCUCAGCGAUGAUGAAUAUCAGACACAACUUCCCAGUGUCUCCUUCAUGCUGUCUGAGAGAGGACGGAAGGUCCUCCCAAGCGUAUCGACAUCCCCUAUCGAGCGACUGCACGACGUGACUUCCACGACCUCUCCGAAGCCUCGAUACUACUACAAUUCCUCCAGAGAUCCUGCCUCUGGUUCCUCAGGUCCACCCUCCCCUCGAGCUCCAGGGUACGUUUUACACACCGCCUCCCAGUGGGGAGACCCCGGCAAGACCCCCACCACUGUCUCCGACAGGAUACAGCACUGGUUCAAGAACCGUCAGCCCAGCAAGGCGCCAUGACGUCGGUUCGAUGGCCACGACCGAAUUCGGACUUGUCGAUAGUAUCAACCGAAUAUUAUCGUAGUGGUGUCUACACCAUUGUAUACUGUCAUCUCUAUGAUGUAAUUGAAAUUGAAAUAUCUUCAACAGUACACAACCCAUUGUUUUAUAAAAUAAUGAAUCUUCGCUCUAUAACAUAACGACUAGUGAAGACGCUAUUACGCGUCAGACUUAAAGACUAAGGAUCGCUCAGUAUAGAGUUAAAGUAUGUUGUUACCUUCAUGUGGAUACUUCUUGUGCAGUAGUUUGAAAGCUUUCCUUGCCCAAGGGGAUCCUAAAACAAUUCUAACCCGGUUUCUUUAAAUCGUUAGUAUUUAACCAAUGUAUAUAUAUAUAUAUAUAUAUAUAUAUAUAUAUAUAUAUAUAUAUAUAUAUAUACAUUAAAUUCCUUUUUAAAUAUAUUUCUGUGAGUAAACCGAUAAAUUGUAAAUGAUAACAGAAAGUUCGUCUAGAGCAUAGAUUUACAUAAGUUAAAACCAAACAUUAUAGAAAAUCAUUUUGAAUUUCAGUGUAGAAUCCAAUACAACGAAUUUUAAAGGCCACUUUCAAGGUGUUAAUUAAAUCCUGCAUAUAAUUUGUGGGGAAUUUCAACAUAUUUUACAGUAUAAAAUUAAAUCUGCAAAUAACCGUAACUCUAACUGUACUUACUAGACAUAUCCAAAAUAUUAAAACAUAUUUUCUACGCUUCCUAAUUCGAUUAACAACUUUUUAGAACUUGCAUUACUCACUUAAUUUACUUUUUAUAAUCAAAUGGAAUGUAUAUAAUUUAGAUUUACGUAUUUGUAUGGGCAUUGCCAUAUGUUUAGCUAGAUAAACUAGUUGAUUUUAUAUAAAUGUAUAUAUUGUAUUCUUAUUGUUUAAUCCAUUUAUGAAAUUACAUAGAUAACAAACAUAAUUUGAAAGUGAGUUAUCAAGUCUAUUCCGUCACAGACGUUUUUAUUCUAAACAUCCUAUGGCAAUUAAAAGGUUAUUAGGUUAAUAAGUCCUUUUCUCAAAGCAACUUGCCUUGUUUAUUAUUAUAUUGCAAUAGUUUAUAACUUAAUUACUAAGAAAGUCUUGACAUAUCCUUAAUUUCAGCUACAUUGAUAGUUUAAUGAAUAGGCAUUAAACAUUCCAAUUUGUGUUAACUUAUGAAAUAAAAACAUUUUGUGUGAAA